AUGGCUGGUAAUUUAAGGACUGCUUCUAGAUCCUCAGUAUCCCAGCAAGCCGAGCCAGAUUCCGAUUCAGCAAGAAAUGUAUUCAAGAUUCUGGCCAGUACAUUAAAUAUAUGCGUGGAUAUAAGAAGAGUGGGUGCGCAUAGCUGUGCGACGUGCCCCGUGCUCUUCCCCGUCUGCCUCCCUUCUCGACCUUCGCCCGUCCUCUUCCUUCUCUUCAUCAUCACCACAACCACCACCUUUCUUCCCCCUUCUGAAACCCUUGUUAACCCUUCCUCUCGCUAUCCUUCCUCGGUCGUAUCGGUUCCAGUUACACGCCUGGAAGUCCCUGUGUUCUCUCCACCUUAUUCAUCUCAGAUUGACCGACUGGGAUCCUGUGCUACCGAAGUCCCUGCGCAUCGUGCUUGGGUGGGAGAACCCACUCUCUCCCUGCUCUUCGAUCUGCCAAAUGUCGGAUAUCGAUUGUUGAGAUCCAGUGACGCACCUACUGUCACCUCGCUUCUUUACGAGCUCUAG